CCGCCGGCCCCCUAAUCUCUAUGGUUUCGACGCCUCGCUAGAGGGCGUGUGGUCCACUGGAGGACUCCCUACAUUCUUCCUCCAUUACCUCACUGCCUCCGGUGGCUGCUGGGAUACCGGAAGACUCGGGUCCCGACUCGGUUCAGUCCUCCAGCUGCCCGGGGAAUACCUCUAGCAGUUCUUCCCUGCCGCCACCGCCGCCCCGCCGCUUCCUCCUCCGCCCGCCCCCUGCCGGCCUUCUUGGCCCCGCCCCGUCCGCGCCGCGCGUCCGGCCCGCCCGCGGCCCGCUUCUCUCGGGAGCCCCCACCCAGGCGCAUGGCUCCAUGAAGCAGGAGGAGGAGGCAGAGCGCGAGAGGUCCCGUCUGCCCCGGCUACGUCUGGGCCAGGAGAAAAGGUACAGGAAGAAGGAAUGGAAUCGGAAGGAAGAAAAUUUAUGUCAGAGACAAAAUAGCUCCCCUCCUCUGUUAUAGCUGUUCCCCUGACAAUACAAACUUUCUGCUUUCAGGUUCUGCAGCAUUCCGGACCUCAAGCACUGAAUCAGGAUGGGAAAAAGACGUUGUGUUCCUCCACUUGAGCCCAAGCUGGCAGCAGGUUGUUGUGGGGUCAAGAAGCCUAAGUUAUCUGGAAGUGGAACGCACAGUCACGGGAACCAGUCUACAACUGUCCCCGGCUCGAGUUCAGGACCUCUUCAAAACCACCAGCAUGGGGAUGGCAGCAGUGGUCGGGAGAAUGUGUCGGACUUAACUCUGGGACCUGGAAACUCUCCCAUCACACGAAUGAAUCCCGCAUCGGGAGCGCUGAGCCCUCUUCCCCGGCCCAAUGGAACUGCCAACACCGCCAAGAACCUGGUGGUGACUGCAGAGAUGUGCUGCUACUGCUUUGACGUCCUGUACUGUCACCUCUAUGGCUUCCCGCAGCCGCGGCUCCCUAGGUUCACCAACGACCCCUAUCCACUCUUUGUGACAUGGAAGACAGGGCGGGACAAGCGGCUUCGUGGCUGCAUUGGGACCUUCUCAGCCAUGAAUCUUCAUUCAGGACUCAGGGAAUACACGCUAACCAGUGCACUUAAGGACAGCCGAUUUCCCCCCCUGACCCGAGAGGAGCUGCCUAAACUUUUCUGCUCUGUCUCCCUCCUUACUAACUUUGAGGAUGCCAGUGAUUACCUGGACUGGGAGGUUGGGGUCCAUGGGAUUCGAAUUGAAUUCAUCAAUGAAAAAGGCGUCAAACGUACAGCCACUUACUUACCUGAGGUUGCAAAGGAGCAAGACUGGGAUCAGAUCCAGACGAUAGAUUCCUUGCUCAGGAAAGGUGGCUUUAAGGCUCCAAUUACCAGUGAAUUCAGAAAAACCAUCAAACUCACCAGGUACCGAAGUGAGAAGGUGACAAUCAGUUAUGCAGAAUAUAUAGCUUCUCGACAGCAUUGUUUCCAGAAUGGCACUCUUCAUGCCCCACCCCUCUACAAUCAUUACUCCUGACACACGGCUGCAUGACCAGUCCCACCCCCCUGUGGCCACCAAUGGCUAUGACAUCAUUGGAGCAGAUGCCUCCUCUUCCUGGUCCAGUUACUUCUAUUACUGCACCAUUUUAUGAUGCUAGCUUCCGUUGCCAAGUCUGCCUCCGGCUGACUGAGGUGGGGGGCGGGGGGGGGAGGGGUUAUACUGAAUGAAACAGAACUUGAGGGCCCAAGCCUUAUCUCAGCCUUUCCUCAAUACGGGGUUCCAUUGGAUUGGGGCUCCUCCAUGACUAGUGAGAAUUCCGUGUGGGCUCAGAAGACUUUGGCAUGCAGGUGCCGCUGCUGAUUAGCCGCCUGUGUGUCGGGCGCACGGUGGAAGCUGGAAUUGAUGGUCCAUGAAGGCCUACCCCACACACACCUGCAGCCUCCCCAGAUCAAGUAGGUGUAUUCCCCUGGCAGUCUGGGCAACGGAGACCAACAAGAAACAUUUUUAGGUUGUUUUAAAUUCCUUUUUUUAAACUUGCAGUUAAUUGCGUACCAAGAGUUGAUCACAACCUCCAUGCUUCAUAAGCGGACGCCAUGUAAGGGUCGAACGUGGGCACCAUGAGUCCUGUGGCUCCUGGACAGAGACCCACCUCACGACCAGAAGCCCUUUGGAUGGCGUUGCAGAUCUCAUUGCUCAGUUAGCCUUGAAGGUUCUAAUUCUCAUCCCACUCUCAGUUGGAUUUUCUGGCACUCUUCCUGCAUCGAGUCUUCUGGUACUGAACCGAGCUCUGUGGUUUGGCCUGCUGCGGAUGGACUGGGAUGCCUGCGGGAGGUCCUCAUGGCAUCACUGCACGCAGUGUCAAGGGAGAGACCUCUUCCUUACCACCUGGCUACCUCACUCCUCUACUGGUAGCAGUGCCUAUAGCUGGAUCUAGGUUCUCAGAGACGUUCCAACAAGCACUUGGGUUGGGUUUUAGAAGGAUACGUCGUCAUAGGAGAGAAUCCAAGGUCUCCAAGCUGUUUUUCUUUUCAGGCAAACAUCCUGAGAGACCUUUAAGCAGAGGAGUUCCUUUUUCUAGUUUGCUUGUAGAAGUGGGAAAACUGUUAAUGUUUCAGUCCUUUAUGGGGACUUUAGAACAAAGCUGUGUAAUUAAACAAGGUGAAUCUUUAUCUUGCCUAACACGCUGGGAAAACUUCACCCCACUGUGGCAGAGUUCCAAAUAGCUUAUUUUAUUUUAGGUCAUUCAUACUUUCAUGUGGCAUAUUUCCCUUUCCCAUUCUUGCUGAUUCCAAAUGGCUGUCAGCAAGUUUCUCCUCCCUCUUGCCUAUUCUUCACUCAUAUGGUGGCAAAGUUCAUAGAAGUUGGGAAUUAGGAAGAUGCUUUGAAAACAUUGUCACAGAGGCACUGCUGAAAUGAUUCACAGGAAGAGGUGGCCAGUUGGAAGAAAAGGCCCUACAGGUGAUACACUGGUUUCCAACAAUAAAUAUGCUUAGAGAACUCUAAAGUGGAUUGGGUGUCAACCCAGUGAACAUAAUGUUUUGAUUUAAUUUAUUUUAAUGUUUAUGUGGUAGUGGUGUGGCUUUCUGAAAUGGGCAAAUAUUCAAGUCAAAAGAUCUUUUGAGUUUUCUUCUGUCAGGAGCGGGGGGCGGAGGGGAGCAGGGACACAGUCUGAGGAAUGACACACAUGCUUUUCUAGGCGUUGCUGUCCUUUUCUUGAAGAGAUGGGUUAGGGCGAGCAGGUGUGCUUGGCACCAUCCUCUGCUGUUAAGGGUGUGGAAUGUGCCAGGGAAGCGUGGGCUGAUGUCCAGAUGUGCGGGCCAGGCUCCAGCACUGUCUCGCUGCUGGGCCGCACUCCCACAUCCUGCCCCCUUUCCCUCGCAGUGCUAAUGAAAACAGGCUUCUGAAGAUGAAGUUGUUGUUUCAUGAUUUCCUGCUGCUGAGAAUAAUAAAUGUCUUGUUGCAAACAAAUGUGACGACGGUUACUUAGGUGCCAUGGAUUGAUGUCAGGGUGGUCAGCUCUGGACUAAACCACCCACCUCCAAUUUGUACAACAGUAUUGAUACAUAGGGCUACACUCAUUACUGUUCAAGUCUUCUAUGUUAAAAAAGUUGUGUUUAAUUUCUAAAGUUUAAAAAAAGCAAAAAAAAAUGGUGCUAAACUUUCACCCCUGAGCACGCUCAGUGAGACUGGUCAUGCAAGCAUUUACAGUGCCAUGCUCUUUCAAGCCUAUUUUUUCUUGUAGAAAUGUUGCCCUAUUUGUCUUUCCCAGUGUAUAGUUGUGUUGUUUUGUUUUGUUUUAAUUUUAUUGAGGGUGGGGUAGGAUACCUGCCGUUUAAGGAAAAAACCAGAAAAUUUAAAACCCCAGGAAAUGGGGGUAAAAAAUCAGUGCACAAGAAUCGGGCUUAAGCCCAGCAUCACACUGAAGUGGGCUCUGGUUUUUGGAGUGAAGAAGCCUUACUCCCCGCACAUUCCCUCAUGCUCCCAUCCAAAUCCAGCAACGGAGACGCUCGAGUUCCUUCCUUUAGUAAGAGGACUCAGGAGUCGACCAAGGAAAACUGUUUGGCCCUGUGAGGGAUGGCACUCAGUGUGUGUCCUGAAUGGAGCCAAGUCAGGAAGGGGUCUGGAAAUAAACGGUCAUGGUCACCUUAUGAAGAUGUGUGGCAGGUGGCUCUCAGGAAAAAUACUAAGUCUGGAUCAUCCAUAUGGCAGCUUUGCAUAGGGAAAUGACAACUCCGAAUGGGAACUGAGCUGCCUUCCAUGUUGCUUGACCAAAGCAGUGAUGCGGGUGGCCAGUAUAUGUGGUGUGAGUGGCAGUUUAAAGAGAAGGGGAUGUUCUCUGCUCUGUUUCCUAUGUCCUUGGACUGCUCGAGCUGAACAGUAACCCCUGUUUUUAAGGGACCAGCCCACUGUGGCUGGUUGGUUCGGAGUUCGUUUCAUCCCUAGCUGUGAGUGCCUUUCGGUCUGGAAAGUUGGCUUGUCUCAUAAUACCCACAGCUAGGACAUUCUCUCUGUAAUUUCGAAUUGCCCUUGUUCUUCAUUAAAAGAGAAUGUCUUUGAUCAUUAGAGUUUAUCAGUGUUGGAUUGUUUCCACUGUGAGGUUCUUAAACUUUUUCGCUUCAUAAUAUCAAAGCAACUCAUGUUAGAGACCAUUUCAACAUGAAAGGUUUGUAGUUCAGACAUUACAUAUAUUUUAUUGUUUAUAAUAAAAAUCAUCUAUACAGAAGUCCUGGGUGUUAAUUUUAAUAUUUGCACAAGAUCUGUUUUCCAUGGUAUGUUAACACCUACAAUUUCACUAACUGUUGAUGUUAUUUUCUAUUGAGAUUCUGGAACCUAGGGAGCUAUUUGUUCUUUUUGUUUAUUUUCAUUCUUAUUUCCCUGAAGCAAGAGACUUUGUAUGGCCUUCAGUGCAAAGACUUUAGACCAAUUCUUUGUAUUACACUUGGUUGCCUCUUGGCUAUAUAACUUCUGAGUGCAAAUCAUUGAACUCUUUAACAAAGUAUUGUAGAGAAUAAAUCAUAAUGGGUAAAAAUUG